AUGGCGUCUAUGAAUAACAACGACGGUGAUAUGGGAUUACGGAUUGAGCUGAUUGAGCAAGCUGAUGAUAUCAUCCAAGCGUUCAAUUGUGUGUGCGAGGCAUUUGGUCGCCAGGUGGAGGACGGGAUUUGGAUUGCCAUGAAUCCAGGAUGGGAUACACAGGAGGGGAAGAGUCGUGGAGCGGCGCGCAUGGUGGAUCGUUGGCGCCGUACGACAAUAGACAGCAACGGCAACCCCAACACGAUGUUUCUGAAAGCCACACUGCCGGAGCCACAGGAGGCAGGCAGGCGAAAUAUUGUUGGCUUUGCAAUUUGGAUUCAGGCCUCUAAUCUUGAAGGACAUGGGGAUCCGCAAAUUGAGCUCCUGGAAAAUUCGUCAGACCUCAAAAGCAUAUACCCUGGGAAUCGAUCAGAACGCCGUUAUCUCUCGCAGGUCAUGUCGGCACUGCACAGUCGUCGCAGAGAAGUGGUUGCCGAAUUACAAGCAUCGUUUCCACCAUCACUGUUCGCUCUGGAUCUUUGCGCCGUGGAUCCCACGCACCAGGGAAAGGGGAUCGCCAGACAGCUAGUGCAGUGGGGUCUUGCGGAAGCUUCACGACGUGGGAAUCUGGAGUCUGUCACUGAGGCCUCUAGCAUGGGACGUCAUGUAUAUGAGAAGAUGGGUUUCAGGCCUGAAGGGGUGGACAUGGAAUAUCUUGUUGACGACGAGUUCACUUCGCGAAAACGACCGGCCAACGUAUUCAUGCGGACUCGGAGCAAUGCUCAGACAAAUUGA